UAUAGCCAUAGCUAUUUCUUGGCCAUAGCUAUUUCUUCAACACCCCAAUGCCAUAAUUAAAUAAGGGUGCAAGUUCUGAUGAGUCUCAAAAGCAUCUCUCUUACUCUUGUUGUUGCCAUUUUUGCAGUUUUGGAAUCAACAUUCAUGAUAAAUCCAAACCCAUCACUUAUUCUCAAACAACUCAUCGAACUUGGUUUUACCAUUGACGCUCAUCUUUACUACCACCACCAUAAUAAACACCCCAGCAAAGGCAAGCUAGUGAAUAUUUGUGAUGAUUUUCCACCAGAUAUUCCUCCUCCAGACAACAACACAACCUCUACUCUUUGCGUGGAUCCAAACGGAUGCUGUAACUUCACAACAGUGCAAUCAGCCGUUGAUUCAGUAGCAAAUUUUAGCCAGAAAAGAACCAUAAUUUGGAUAAAUUCUGGCAUUUACUACGAGAAAGUCAUUGUUCCAAGAACCAAACAGAAUAUUACAUUUCAAGGUCAAGGCUGUACAUCUACUGCUAUUGUAUGGAAUGACACAGCCAAUUCUUCACACGGCACAUUUUACAGUGGUUCUGUGCAAGUCUUUUCCAACAAUUUUAUUGCCAAAAACAUUAGCUUCAUGAAUGUUGCACCAAUUCCUGGGCCAGGGGAUAUGGGAGCACAAGCAGUGGCAAUAAGAAUAUCAGGAGACCAAGCAGCCUUCUGGGGUUGUGGAUUCUUUGGAGCACAAGAUACCCUUCAUGACGACAGAGGCCGCCAUUACUUUAAGGACUGUUACAUCCAAGGUUCUAUUGACUUUAUCUUCGGCAACGCUAAGUCACUCUAUCAGGAUUGUCAAUUGAUAUCGAUGGCGAACCCAGUAGCAGCGGGACAAAGAAUGAUUAACGGUGCAGUUACGGCUCAUGGACGGAGUUCAAAGGAUGAAAACACAGGGUUUGCAUUUGUGAACUGCAGCUUGGGAGGGACAGGAAGAAUAUGGCUAGGUCGAGCUUGGAGACCAUUUUCUCGUGUUGUUUUUGCUUUCACUUCUAUGUCUGAUAUUAUUGCUCCUGAAGGUUGGAAUGACUUCAACGAUCCAACAAGAGACCAGACUAUUUUCUAUGGAGAAUAUAACUGCUCAGGGCCAGGAGCCAAUAUGACUAUGAGAGCACCUUAUCUUCAAAGACUCAAUGACACUCAAGCUUCUACUUUCCUAAAUGUCUCUUUUAUUGAUGGUGAUCAAUGGUUGCAAUCCUACAAUUAUAGUUAGCUCAUCCCUAAAUAUAUUAUAUUAUCUGUUCUUUUUUAUAGCUGAUUUUAAACCAAUAUUCAACAAAGAAUUAUUGUAUUGUAUUGAAAUUUCAUUUACUGAAAUUUAAAUACUGAAUAAAAAUAGCUAGCAACUGUUUAAUUAA